ACUAUCGGAGGGGGUUUUCGUACACGCUGAACAUAUUUCCACAUGGCUGAACGCCAUGUUGACAUACACAUUCAGCUGGGUGGAACGUUUUAUAGGUGUAGUCCCUGCGCACUUGGUUUAGUUAUAUGUCUACAACUCAUUAACGUGUGUCGUGUAUACUUGUCUCGUUGAUUUGUUGUAAGUUCCUAUCAAUGCCUCACUUUCCGGGUAUUAUGUGUUAUAGGUUACCUGGAUGAAAUGAACCCAAGUCUAUUCUGAGUUGUCCUAAAACUAGCCCGAGAGGCUACAUAAACAUGGCCACAAAUAUGGAUGACGUUACGGCUGUCUUCGCCAGAUUUAACAUCAGGUCUGUAGAGGAUAUUAUCAGACUACCAGAUAUGAAAUCAGUUCUCAUGCUGAUGCGGAAGCUUGGAUUGACCACAACUGGAAUCAGAAGGCAUCAGGAUGCCGAGAGGGUACUUCUUACCUACUGGAGAGAACACAUUAUACAAAAAAGACAAAGAGAGAAUGGCUUCAAACAAGCUUUGUCUGACGACAUCAAAAACCGGAGAAUUCUGUCGGAUAAAUAUGACGAGGUGGUUGAAUACUACAAGAAACUUCCAGAACAGCACCGUCGUGACCUUGACCAGUUUUUCAAGGGCAUUGUUGAGACAGUGAAAACAAAGAAGGGCGAACUGGCCAGUAGUGACUGUGCUAUUCUUGUUGCGGGAGAGACGUCUGCAGGAAAGAGCAGUUUCAUCAAUCUCCUUCUCGGCAAGGACCUUUUACCAACAAGUGAUCUACAAUGCACAACCUCCAUCUGUGAGAUCCGAUACUCACAAAGCGGUAAAAAGUAUGCUGUGCUGCACCAUCGCUCCAUCGACAAACAAAAACGCCGACCAGAAACUAUAGACCUGGAGCAUGACAAGGGUAUAGAUGUUCUAUCAAAGGUUGUCAUUGAGCUCGACGGCGAAACCGACGAGAGUCCAUACUCUCGAGUGGAGAUAUUUUGGCCUAUUGACACUCUAGAGUCUGGAAUAGUGAUUGUGGAUACACCUGGUAUAGGGGCAAGUCGCCAGUUGUCUAAGCGUGUUGAAAGGUUCCUCUCCAAAUCAUUUGGCUUUAUCUACAUCAUCAACAGUUCAAAUGCCGGAGGAAUACAGAAAGGCAGGUUAAAGGACUUCCUAAGGCUAGUUACCACAUCCGUUGACGAGGACUUCAACCCCCGAGCCACUAUGUUUGUGUGCAACAAAUGGGACACCGUACCAGAGAGUGACCAGGGGGAUGUCUAUAAGAACACCAUUGCACAGCUCAAACGCUGUUACCCUACUGUCAGGUUGGACCAGAUAUUCCGCCUGUCUACGUCAGAGGCACUUAAAGCAAUGAAAUACGCCGGGUCUACUACGACAGAGCAUGCUCUGAUUCUCAAGGGACUAGAGCGCCUCCUACCAUCUAGUUUGAAAAACCAAAUAGCUUCACAUUAUGGAUGGAUAUCACAGGUGCUGAAGCGGUCUCACUACUCACUUAAGGUCGCUAAGUUGAUGGACGCUAAAGGACUGGAAGAGAAAGAACAAUUACAGAGGAGGUUGAUGACGCAGAUGGAUCGUCUAGAGAGGGAUGCUAAGUUUACUCUAGACAGUAUGCGGAAGGAAGUAAAAGAAGAACUUGAGAGCCUGCACAGACAGAUUGUCCGUCUUCUAUCCAGAACAGAUAUCCUGUCUAACCUCUGUAAACGGAAUGUUAAAGAAUGUCCAUCUGCUGAAAACUGGAAGAAAGUGGUGAAAAAAGCUGAAGACGAAAUUUCAGCUAAAUUAGUUGAAGAAGUCAACAAAUAUGAUGAUCAAAACGGCCUCGUCAAACAUCUGAAGGACAAAAUUGUUAAAAAGUUCAAGCGGGACUUUCAAAUCAUGGAAGACCAGAUGCGAGAUGUCGAAGUUGUACUACUCCCUGGCGAUAAACGUGCUGUAUCAGACUUUCACAAAUCCAUGAAAAGACCUGCACCUGUGAAAAACGUGUUCCAGAAGGCAGGUAAAAAUCAGGGAGGCAAGCCCAACGAUCUCAAACAAAUUGGGAACGCAGUAGCUUGUGCUGGAUCAUUGAAUACGAAGUCUAAGGACAUACGGGGUAUCUUUAAAUCCUACAGCAAACGAGACCCCGUGAAGACCAUGGAAGACGCGACCAUAUUGUUUAUCAAGAGCAUAAUAGACGGAAACCUGCUAAGGGCAAAGCUCGAUCUUUUUUUGAGCCGAUACAUCAAAGGUAUAGAUGAUAUUGCUAAAAUGAUCCCAGAUCUUCUCAAAGCGGAUAGAAUAUUGAUGGAUACUUUGAAAAACGAGAUGAAGGAAAAUAAAGGUCUUCUGUCAAAUAUAUAUCCCGAACUCCUUCGCGAUAUAACCAAGAAGCAGGGACAACUAGACAUGUUCUAUAUCAGAUGUAUUAUGGAAUCCGACUUCAGAAUGAGGGAGCUAGAGGUAGACAAAUCCAGGUCCCUUGGGAGUGGGACGUUUGCUGACGUAUUUAUGGGAACACUUAAACCACCUGGGGAGGUGGCUACAAAAGUAGCGGUCAAAAUCAACAAAGAGACCAUUAAUGCCUUCAACGUGAGCGACCUUCUACUAGAAGACCGAACAUUGCGAGAUCUGAAACAUAAAAACAUUGUCACCUAUUUCGGAUCCGUCCUCAGCGAGACUGAAAAAUCACAGAUCAAAUGGAUCAUGCUAUUAGAAUGCUGUAAGGGCACACUGAAGGACGUGUUUUUGGAGGAGUCAUUUGGAAACCCUGGCAAACUUGGGAACAGACGUAAUGAGCAGUUACAUGCCAUGCGAAAUAUGUGCCGGUAUGUAGUUGAGCUUUGUCAUGGACUACAGUACUUGCAUGGGAAGGAUUUGGUGCAUAGAGACCUUAAACUGGAGAAUGUGCUGGUAUCUCUGGACGGAACUGUAAAGCUGACUGACGUAGGUCUGACAAAAGGCGCCCAGAUGAUAUCGGGAACUAUCGCAGGCUCCCCUGUUUAUAUGGCACCGGAGGUACUAGUGACACAUGAUAUAUACGACCACAAGGCGGAUAUCUAUAGCCUCGCUAUCAUGCUGUGGGAGAUGUGGUACGGUAUGGAUGCCGCAAUUCAUAUCCAACACUACAUCCACAAAUCCCUGCAAGAGUCGGUCGGGGGUGGUCUCCGACCAAAUAUGUCAAUCCAGCACCGACCCCCUGACGACUGGAUAAGCGUGAUCGAGAGAUGCUGGGCUAAAGAUCCUUCGGCAAGAAUGGAGGCUGCAGCUGUUGGCAGCUUCUUCGAAAAAUUUUAAAAGUAAAUUAAGCAUCAAAAUAUGGAAUUAGUCAACUCCUCCACAAGAGAAGGCUUAUCUUGAUGAUUAGGAUGGACUCAUUUGCACAGGAUACGGAUUAAUGUAGUUCUACUAAAGCUUAUCUAAUCAUUUUUGCGUUGCAUUUAGCAAUACGUUUUAGGUAUUUUUCGCAACAGUGCUUCUUUCUCAUACCAAACUAUUGUCAGGAUUAAAUAAAGUUGAAUGUGCAUGCUUUGUUAUUCGUACGAAAAAGAAAAGCCACCGAAUAUGUUUUUAUAUGCUCGAACAUAGAAUUGAAAGCGUUAGAUCGCCACCUUUGAAUGUUUGAAUGUCAUAUAUUGAUUCAAUUUCUGAUCUGUGUCGCAGUAAAAUGUAUUAAUGUUUGUAUGAUCUUUUUAUCUUUUGAAUAAUAUUUGAAAAGAAUGAUUGCAUCUAGUAAAAGGAAAAUGUCCAAAAUAAUGAAUGGUUAUUAACACCCUCCCACGAUGUACAAGGCAGUGUUGUCAAAGCAACACGAUACAUUUGCAAAUAUGUGUAACAAUAGAUUAUUAAGUAUUCUUCCCAUGUAUUAAAAUUUAAACAAUUGCAUUCAAACGAUCUAUAUACAUGUGAUGUAUAGUUAUUCAUGUUUCUUUUUAUUUUUUUGUUUUUUGUUUAUUUUUUCAAUUCCAAAAUUUUAUGUCUUUCUAUCUUUGAAAUUAAAUGUAUGUUUAUGUACUUAUUUGUAACCAUAAUGAGAAAAAAGCAUAUUUAACUGUCUUAUGGAUUUAGUUGAUACGUCUAUCGAGGGUAGAUAUUUAAUUUCAGCAGAUAGCUGCUAUGUCUAUUCAUGUGUCUUUGUGUUGCUAACCAGACAGAAAUACACUACCACAUAACCAAAAUAACGUCUUCGAUAUGUUUAACUAGACCUUAUCUCGCCAGUAUAUCAAUACUACAAUCGUAUAAGUCCCGCAUAUGAAUACAACUACUGGGUUAUGCAGUUGAAUAGAAUAUGAACAACAUCAACAAUCAUUUAAUUUGAAUGUGAAUCAAGUUAGAUCAACGAUUAGUUUAAUUCAAUGGCAAGUAAAUAACACAAGAUCAAAAAUCCGUUGAAAUGAACGUUAAUAUCGUUAUAUCAACACUCAGUUAAAAUGGAUGUUUAUAUCGUUAUAUCAACACUCAGUUAAAAUGGAUGUUUAUAUCGUUAUAUCAACAAUCUUUUGACAUGAAUGUUUAUAACUCCAUAUCAACAAUCCUUUGAAAUGAAUGUUUAUAACUCUAUAUCAACAAUCCUUUGAAAUGAAUGUUUAUAAUUCUAUAUCAACAAUCCAUUGAAAUGAAUGUUUAUAACUCUAUAUCAACAAUCCUUUGAAAUGAAUGUUUAUAAUUCUAUAUCAACAAUCCAUUGAAAUGAAUGUUUAUAACUCUAUAUCAACAAUCCAUUGAAAUGAAUGUUUAUAACUCUAUAUCAACACUCAGUUAAAAUGGAUGUUAAUAUCCUUAUAUCAACAAUGAAAUGAAUGUUUAUAUCUCUAUAUCAACAAUCAGUUAAAUUGAACAUAAAUAAAGUUUGAUCUGAAUGUUAAUAUGGUUAGAUCAGAUGCGACACUAACUAUGUCAAUUCUCAGUAUCGCGUUAGGCGACUUAAAAAGCACUACGUUAGACUAACCUAGCAAGACGCAAUGUGAACUAUUAAUUUACCUGAAUAUUGGAUAAUAAUUUCCUUACACAGGUGUUGUGUCUUUAUAAAGUUAUUCUCAUUCAUGUCACUUAAAAACAGAAAUGUAUCUUCUGUUCAACAUAUUGCAUAAAUCAAUUGAUCAGAUGAUUUUUCUGGACCUUGACCCCAUGAGCCGAUUCAUGUCUUUAUCGGGUAUGACGAAAUAUGUCGUAUAUGUAUGUGUGGUACGCUAAUUUGUACUAUUUAAUUAUAUAUUUACAAAUACAAUAUUACAUUUUAC